CCAAGGGUAGGGCUGCGCACUGCAGUAAGAGAUUGUACCGUGUGUGUAUGGGAGAGAGAGAGAGUGCGAUUACUUCAUCCAUCCUUUUUUCCCCCAUUUAAAUUCAUGUAAACAGCUGUGUGUUAGUCGCCUCAGGCAAAUCGGAGAGCGAAAUAGUGCGCCCCCUGCUGCCUGUGAAGGGAAUUGCCAGUGCAGUGAGAACACAGACGAGUCUUUCGUGUCUCCGCAGCGCCUGCUUUGGGGAAAUGAAAUCGGAAAACAUGUACGUUUUUGGUGGGAUGUCAGCAAGAAUUCAGUACGAUCGCCUGCGGGCAGAGGGCGUGGGCACCAACGAGAGAGCAAUCACCUUCCUCAACCAGGACUUCCAGGCACUCAGACAGGAAUGUUUGGAAAACAACACUCUCUUCGAGGACCCCUGUUUCCCGGCCCGGUCGCCAUCGCUCGGAUUCAAGGAGCUCGCGCCUAAUUCGUCUAAAACACGUGGAGUCGAGUGGAAGCGACCAAAAGACCUGGUCGAAGAUCCUCAGUUCAUCGUGGGCGGAGCCACACGGACCGAUAUCUGCCAAGGAGCUCUGGGUGACUGCUGGCUGUUGGCUGCUAUCGCAUCUCUCACUCUCAAUGACAAGCUCUUACACAGGGUGGUUCCUCACGGCCAGAGCUUCACAGAUGAUUACGCCGGGAUUUUCCAUUUUCAGUUCUGGCAGUUCGGUGACUGGGUGGAUGUCGUCAUCGACGACCGCCUGCCCGUCAAGGACGGAGAGCUUGUUUUCGUGCACUCGGUGGAGGGGUCCGAGUUCUGGAGCGCCCUGCUGGAGAAAGCCUACGCUAAGUUGAACGGCUCAUACGAGGCUCUGUCCGGAGGCUCUACCACCGAGGGUUUCGAGGACUUCACAGGCGGAGUGUCCGAGAUGUACGAGCUGAAGUCAGCGCCCAGAGAUCUGCCCCGCAUUAUCACAAAGGCCCUGGAACGAGGAUCGCUGCUCGGCUGCUCUAUAGACAUCACCAGUGCCUUCGACAUGGAAGCGGUGACCUUCAAGAAGCUGGUGAAAGGUCACGCCUACUCUGUGACAGGACUCAGAGAGGUGGAUUUUCGUGGUAGCAGAGAAAGGCUGAUUCGUAUCAGGAACCCGUGGGGACAGGUUGAGUGGACAGGGGCGUGGAGUGACAAUUCAUCUGAAUGGAACCAGAUCGAUCCGUCUGACAGAGAGGAGCUGAACUGCAAAAAAGAGGACGGAGAGUUCUGGAUGUCAUUUCAGGAGUUUAAGCGCCAGUUCUCACGCUUGGAGAUCUGUAACCUGACACCGGAUGCACUAAGCGACGACGGUCUGAGUUUCUGGAACACCAUCAAGUUCGACGGGACGUGGAGGAGAGGAAGUACGGCGGGAGGCUGCAGGAAUCAUCCCAACACAUUCUGGAUAAACCCACAGUACAAAAUCACACUGCUGGAGGAGGACGAUGACCCCGAUGACCCUGAAGUGGCAUGCAGCUUCCUGGUGGCGCUGAUGCAAAAGGACCGGCGGCGCUACCGUAAACAGGGCCAGGACAUGCACACCAUCGGCUUCGCCAUCUACGAGGUCCCAGAUGAGUUCCACGGUUGCCAGAGCGUUCACCUGAAGAAGGAGUUUUUCCUGCGCCACUCGUCCUGCGCUCGAUCUGAGACCUUCAUCAACCUGCGGGAGGUGAGCACGCGACUCCGCCUGCCUCCGGGAGAGUACAUCAUCGUGCCUUCCACGUUCGAACCCGGGAAAGAAGCCGACUUCGUCCUCCGUGUGUUCACAGAGAAACAGUCUGAGACGGAAGAGCUGGAUGAUGAGGUGUCAUUCACGCCGGAAGAAGAGGAGGAGAUCACAGAGGACGAUAUCGACUCCUCGUUCCGAAACAUGUUCAUUCAGCUUUCUGGUGAGGAUAUGGAGAUAUCAGUCCACGAGCUUAGAACCAUCCUGAACAGAGUAGUGUCCAAACACCGGGAUCUGAAGACAGACGGGUUCAGUAUGGAGUCCUGCAGGUCUAUGGUGGCCCUCAUGGAUAAAGACGGAAGCGCUCGCCUGGGACUCUUGGAAUUCCAGAUCCUGUGGAAUAAGAUCAGGAAGUGGCUGGGAAUUUUCCGGGAAUAUGACCUGGACAAAUCGGGAAACAUGAGCUCGUACGAGAUGCGCUUGGCCUUGGAGUCUGCCGGUUUUAAACUCAACAACAAGCUGAACCAGGUGCUGGUGGCACGUUAUGCUGACCAAGAAGUAAUCGACUUUGAUAACUUCAUCUGCUGCCUGGUCAAACUGGAGGCCAUGUUUAGAUCCUUUAUGGCGAUGGACAAAGAAAGCUCCGGUGUCGCUGAGCUUAACAUCUCCGAGUGGCUGUACGUGACCAUGUGCGGCUGAGUUUCCUGAGCCAACCUGCACCAAGAAACCGAUGUCCACGAAGACCACUCUCGGAGCAUUGGUCAUCCUAGGAUGGCGAGAAAACAGCCUUAACCACUUCACUGCUAACUAGACCCAACUCAGAUAUGUUAAUGACUAUGCAACAUGAACCUUUCAGCCACAUAAAACUAUACAACUUGUGUUGCACUCCAUACACACACUCACAACUGCAUGUUUAUUCAGAGCGAGUUAAUCCUGCACUGUGCCUAAGUGCAUGUCAUUUAUCUUAUUUCAUAGCAUUUGAUAACCUAGAA